AUGUCAGCACCGACACCCAUGCGUGAUAAAAGCUUCGACUUCUCGGACGGGGAUGUAUUGCUUUCUGCUCCUGGAAACGCUGGAGAUGAUGAAGCCAUCGCUGUCGAUGCUGAAGCUUCAUAUUCAAACAUCACCCCUGUUUACUCGCAGACCCCGGCUGCUGUCGUGUAUUUUCGCAUCCACAAGGCCUUGCUGACAGGACAUCCCUCCAUGUUCACAGACAUGUUUGAGGUCGUGAAUCCCUCUCUUUCUGAGCAGAAUUUAUAUGAUGGUGUACCUUUGAUCGCUUUAUACGACGGGGGGAGUCAUGUAAGGGGGUUUCUCAGAGUAUUAUCCCAACCAGAGACCGUUUUCCUGCCCCGUUAUCAUCACCCAUCGGCCGAGCUGCUGAUGGGUCCGCCUUUGCUAGCUAUUAAAUAUCAAGCAGAUGCAAUAAGAGAUGUCAUUGUUCUGCAUCCAAGGGCUGAUUGGCCUAUAAGCAGUUACGCUGCAUGGAAGAAGAGGCAAUGGCAGGAGCCAAAAGCUUCCCCGGCGGAUCGUCUCCGGAUCCAGAGCCAUUCAUCCAUCUCGUCCGAACGACGAACACCUCCGAGCUACUCAGAAAGCAUCUUGCGUUGGCCUUUUACGCGCUACUAUCCCGCCGGCCUUCUACCUGGCGGACCAAUCUACUCGACGCAGAAGACCUCAACACCCUCGUGGUGCUGCACGAUCAAUGCGUGGUUGAUAACAUGGAUUAAAGAAGACCCCAGCACUUACUACUUUUACGGUCGUAAAGCCCAAGGUAGACCACGGCUGGAAAUUCGUCCAUCCGAAUGCAGUUGUAAACUGAAGGAGUUCAAGGACGAAGUGCUACUAGAUUGGAUGGAACACUCCUUGGAUCAUGUGGAUGUCAUUGAGUAUUUAGAACACCUUGCGGUCAUAGUCGAGGCGAACAGGUACCGUUGGAGGUUCUGCAACAGGAAUAACUGUAGGAGCAAGGCGGCCCCCUGGAUAAAGGAGAUGGCGAGGAUGUUUUAUGAUAGAAUGGAGGAGAUCAUCUUCCCGUCGCACGCGCAGACUGGCAACUAA